CUGGUAACACUACAAAAAAGCCUAAUGGGAAGGCCAAAAACUUAUUAAUAAUAGUUAUAAAUUUCCGUCGUCGCGUGCCUGUGUUUUUUUCGUAUUUGACAAUAAUUAUAGUUCGCAAAUCGCGCGUACAGGCGAUUGGCCAUUUUGCCAGUCACACAGAGUCGCGAACACAUUGACUAGUUAAAUGAACAUUAAUUUACUUUUUUGUCCAGUGCACUCCACACGUAUUUACGUAGGUUAAUUUUGCUGGAAUUCGUUAACGAAUUAUGCGCGCUUUAAUCGCAUCUGGUGGUUAAGUUAAAUAGUUCAAAAGGAAAACCCUGAGAAAAUGAUGUAAAGGAAAACUCUCAAGUAGUCCAACUGUGUGUGUGUGCGUGUGUGUUGGUGUGUGGAAAUUAACGUAGUGUGAAGAAGAAGAAAAGCUAAGGAAAAGCGACAAUUGCAGUCCAAGGCGAACAACAAAAGCAACUGAAGGUUGCCCAAGUCAGCACGCCCCCUCCGCCCCCCGCCCUCUUGGAGGACAAGAAACGGGAGUGCAAGGAAACGGCGUCGCCAUGGAGGAGAAGCGCAUCGCCGACUACUUUGUGGUGGCCGGAAUGCCGGAGCAUCCGCAGCUGCUGCAGGAGAACAUCUUCAACGACUCGGGAAGAUUGCGGGCGGCCAGCACCAUCGAGCCGAUCACGGACAUCGGUGUCUAUUUCCCGCUGCUCGGCGAGGAGGUUCCCGAGGGAUACGAGCUCCUCUCGCACACGCCCACGGGUCUGCAGGCGAACCUCAACCACGGAUCGGUCCGCACCACCGACUGCUACAUCUACUUCCGGCGGGGCAAGGACCGCCCGCCACUGGUGGACAUAGGUGUGCUGUACGAUGGCCACGAGCGGAUCAUGUCCGAUGCGGAGAUCGUGGCGGAGACGCCCGAGGGUCGGGUGGCCAACGUGAACAACUCGUCGGCCAAGACGUUCCUCACGUACCGCCGUGCGCGGGCGGACAUGCCCUGCAACGAGCUGGUGGUCACCGAACUGUGCGUCAUCGUCCAGAGCAAGGGCGAGCGGGCUCCGCACGCCUUCUGCCUGAUCUACAAGCCCCUGAACAAGGGCUUCGUGGGCAGCGACGUGUUCCUGUGCUACAAGAAGUCCAUGUACCGGCCGAAGCACAUCAGCUACAAGCCGGAGAUCCUGCUGCGCUACCCCACCGUCGACCACACCGACUUCCCGCUGAACCUGUGUCCGAGUGUGCCGCUCUUCUGCCUGCCGAUGGGCGCCUCCCUGGAGGCCUGGCCCCACGUCAAUGGGGCGGAGAAGCGCAAGCCCAUCAGUCCGGUGUUCAGCACCUUUGUGCUGACGGUCAACGAUGGCACCUAUAAGGUUUACGGAUCCGCUUUGACUUUCUACGAGGACUAUGAUGAGUCACAGUUGUCGGCGGAGCAGAAGGAGCUGCUCGGUUGGAACGAGGAGUUCGGCGGCCAGCACUCGCUGCACAUGAUCAAGGCCAUUUGCCUGCUGUCGCACCAUCCCUUCGGUGACACCUUCGACAAGUGGCUCAAGUAUCUCCAUCGCAUGGUGUUGUAUGGCGUCAAUAUUCCCAUUCCCGUGGAACGCUACAUCACCCAGCUGCUGGACGAGGUCCCAUUUCCGGCGCCCAGCAUCCACCUGCAGCUGUCCAGCGAGUCCAACGAUCGCAUCCUGCUCACCCAGCCGGAGGAUUCGCCGCUGCCGCGAAGUGGCGCCGGCUUCCACAUGCUGCUCCAGAACCUGGGCACCGACAACUGUCUGCAUGUGCUGCUGCUGGCCCUCACCGAACAGAAGAUACUCAUCCACUCACUCAGACCUGCCACGUUGACUGCUGUGGCCGAGGCCAUUGUGUCCCUGCUGUUCCCCUUCAAGUGGCAGUGUCCGUACAUCCCGCUCUGUCCACUGGGAUUGGCGGAGGUGCUGCAUGCCCCGUUGCCCUACCUGAUUGGCGUGGACUCGCGCUUCUUCGAUCUGUACGAGCCGCCCACGGAUGUCACCUGCAUUGAUCUGGACACCAACAACAUAAGCUUGUGCGAAUCGCAGCGCCACUUGUCGCCCAAACUGCUGCCAAAACGGGCAGCCCGCCUGCUCCGCCAGACGCUCACCGAACUGGAGAACGCCAAGCCCAUCAGCUAUGACUCCACGAACAGUCUGGACCGCGACAUCCGGAAGCGGAAGCGGGAGCUGGUGCUGGAGCAGCGCAUCCAGGAGGCCUUUCUGCUCUUCAUGGCCAGCAUUUUGCGCGGCUACAGGGACUUCCUGGUGCCCAUUUCCAAAGCGCCCUCCGUGGGAGCCACCGAUCCGAGUGCCCUCUUCCAGCUGAAGGCCUUCUUGCGGUCGCGCGAUAAGUCGCACCAGAAGUUCUUCGAGCUGAUGAUGAAGACCCAGAUGUUCAUCCGGUUCAUUGAGGAGCGCUCCUUCGUCUCCGACGGCGACCAUGGCCUCAGCUUCUUUGACGAGUGUGCGGAAAAGGUGGGCAACUACGACGAGACGCCCGCCCAGCUGCAUUUGGUGGACUGGGACACGGGCCAGAACAGUGAGCGCACCAAGUACAUCUUUCCGCCGGACAGCGUGACGCCGGCAGGCGGAGGAGGAGGUGGAUCCGGAGGAGCAGGAGCAGGAAGUGGAGCCGGACUGGCCUACAACUAUGAGAACUUUACGCUGCAGCCGGAGCUGCUGCAGAGCACCAAGAAGACAGCGCUGUCGAAGUUCCUGCAGCUGCAGCUGAACGCCUCGCUCUCGCCGGGAUCGCCGAUUGCGCGGCGCACCAAGCACGAGAUCAAGCUGUCGCAGAAGAUGGCCAGCCGGUGCCAGCAGCAUCCGGAGGCGUGGUCCAAGUACCUGCUGGCCACCUGCUACUCGCUGUACUUCCUCAUCCUGCCCUCGAUGGUGCUGGACCCGCGGCACGCGGGCAAGGAGCCGGACAUCCUGCGCGCCGCCUACGACGUCCUGGUGCGGGCCAGUCGCCUGAAGAUCACCUGCGACGAGUUCUGCUACCGCAUCAUGAUGCAGCUGUGCGGCAUCCACAAUCUGCCGGUGCUGGCCGUCCGUCUGCACUACCUGAUGAAGCGCUCGGGCGUCCAGGCCAACGCCCUGACCUAUGGCUUCUACAACCGCUGCGUGCUGGAGUCCCAGUGGCCCAGCGACAGCACCACACUCAGCCAGAUCCGCUGGAACCGCAUCAAGAACGUGGUGCUGGGGGCGGCCCAGUUCCGACGCGCCGGCCGGCAGCGGGCCGCCUCCAAGGUGAACAAGUCGCUGAGCGCCUCGCAGGAUCAGAACCUCAGCACACUGGAGACGGUGGACGGGCAGUCGCGCACCAGUCUGGCCUCCUCCACCGGCGAUGGCGGCGGCCAUGGGCUGCUCGACUUCGCCGCCUUCGACCGGCUGCGCUACAAGCUGGGCAGCAUUGUCCGCCAGACGGUCACGGGCGGCAGCAGCGAGGCCAACGACGAGGGCGUGGCCAACAGCGCCGCCGGACUGCUUAUCCCCGGCGAGCGGAGUGCCCCCAACACGCCCACCUAUGGCGGCGACACCGAGAUCCUGGCCAAGGCCCUCCAGCAGCAGCAGCCGCGCAAGCAGAUCAUGAGCAUAGGCGGCGGCGACGACGACGAGGACGAGGAUGAGGAGGAGGAGGAGGACGAUGACGAGUACACGGCCGGAUCGCCGAGCACGCCGCAAAAGCAAUUGGAGGCGGGCGCCGAUGGGCUGGCAUACACCGGCGGUGCUGGUGGCGACUACGAGGCGGACGAGGAGGACGACGAGGACGAGGACGAGGUCGACGAGCAUGUGGCCGCCCAGCGGGCACGGCAGCGGGUGCAGAGUCCAACCAAAAUCUCGCCACGCACGCCCGUGACCCAGAACGAUCCGCUGGGCGCCUUGAACGAGGAGGAGUCCGUCGCCAGUGCCACGCCCACGCAGCAGGAGCAGCAGCAGCAGCUGCAGCAGUCGCAGAUCGACAGCAACAUAUACAGCGACAAGCCGAUCCUGUUCCGCGGCCCACGGAGCGCCACCUUCGACGAGUCGACGCAGAUCGGGAAGAGCAUGCACCGCUCGGAGACGAUGCCGGUGGCCAGCAGCGGGGUGACCAACAGCCUGGCCAACAUCGGAUCCUCGCUGAAGUUGACGUUCGGACGUUAUUCACCCGCACGAUUGUCCCUUAAGAAAGACUUGAAAUUGCCCGCCAAUAUUAUAGAAAAUAUAUCGAGCAUAAGUCCCAGCCUGACGGGCAAGAAGUCGAACGAGUUGAUCCAGGGGAGCCUGAGCAGCAUCAAGUCGGCGGCCAGUUCGCUGACCAAGAAGUUCGACGAGAUCAAGGGCGUGAUCUCGGCCAACUCGACGCCGACGAAGACGAACAACGGGCACGGCCAUCCGCACCAUGGGCUGCACCAUCCGCAUCACCAUGCGCAUCACCAUGCGCAUCCGCACCACCAUCAUCCGCAGGCCGGCAAUCCGGAGCAGGAGGAGCACGAUGCCGCCGUCCACGAGGAGGGCAAGUUGCGGCGCGUCUCCAGCGACCUGGACCCCUGGGGCAGGCUCAGUGAGUCGCGCAAGUCCAGCUACAACAACCUGGUGCCGCUGGGCGAGAACAGUUCCACCGGCGCCCUGCACAUGCACGCCUUUCCCGCUCUGCCCGACAACCUCUACAGUGUGAUUGGCGAGAGCACCGCGGAUCGUGAUUGCGAUGUGCUCAUCCAGCUGACGACCUGCUCGCAAUGCCACAACUGCUCGGUGCUCGUCUACGACGAGGAGAUCAUGAGUGGCUGGACGGCGGAGGACUCCAAUCUGAACACCACCUGCCACGCCUGCAACAAGCUCACCGUGCCCUUCCUCAGUGUCCAGAUCGAGCGGCAGGUGGAGGAGUCAGUUCAGUUGGAUCAGCCAGAUCAGUCGGAUCAGCCGGAUCAUCCGGAUCAGACGAAUCAGUCGGAGGAGAAUGGGGGCAAGAAGGAGCAGCCAGCCAACGGCACCAGCCACAAGUCCAGCCUGACCGUGCCGUAUCUGAAUCCGCUGGUGCUGCGCAAGGAGCUGGAGAACAUACUCACCCAGGAGGGCGACAUCGCGCUGAUCAAGCCGGAGUUCGUCGAGGAGCACCCGAUCAUCUACUGGAACCUGCUCUGGCUGAUGGAGCGCAUCGAGAGCAAGACGCAUCUGCCGGAGCUCUGUCUGCCUGUCCCGAGCGACAAGGAGCACAUUGACCCCCUGAGCAAGGUGAAGACGGUGCACAUCCAGUGUCUGUGGGACAAUCUCGGCCUGCACAGCGAGGCCAGUGGCCCGCCGAUGUACAUCCUGUACAGGGAGACCCAGCCGACGAGUCCGCUCUUGAAGGCGCUGCUCACCGAUCAGGCGCAGAUCAACAAGAAUGUCAUUCAGCAAAUCAUUUCGGCCAUCCGGGUGAACGACUUCGCCACGCCGCUGAAGCGUUUGGCCAACGAGCGGCACAAGCUGAAGAGCAAUGGAGUGGAGCGGUCGCACUCGUUCUACCGCGACAUCCUCUUCCUGGCCCUGACCGCCAUCGGCAGGAGCAACGUGGACCUGGCCACAUUCCAUCGCGACUAUGCGGCCGUGUUUGACAAGCUGACGGAGCGCGAGUGCAACAUGUACUACCGCAACCAGGAUCUGCCGCCCUCGGCAUCGACGAUCUUCUGCCGCGCCUACUUCCGCCCGCUCCUGCUGCCCUGACGCAGUGGCUCCCAGCUGGUAACGGAGGAGGCGGGCGGCGAGGAAGGAGCUUCAGGCGAUCCGGAAACCUAAAAGACAAGACGACCAAAAAAUUUCAUAAAACAAAAGAGGGAACGAAGGGAAACUUAAACGACAACAAAACGCUUAUCACACACACACAGACACUUUGGGCUGGGUCGAUUUUAUAGUUUGGACAAUGGUAAACUAAUUUGACUUGGAAAUCAAAGCUCUUAUUAAAAUAUGACAAAUGAAAAGGGCGGUAUUUCGGAACUAUUCCUAGUAGGCUAUGAAAAUAUGAUUGUUUCAAAUGAAAAAUAUUUAAUUCGAGAUGUUAUUAUAUUUUCAAAUUAAUAGUUUUUAUAUUGUCCUCAUUUAUUAUUGUCCUCAAUUUAUUUGCACCCAUGCCUACAUUUUUAAUUUCUUUUUUUCUUUCGGCCUUCCCUAAAACUGAUACUAAAAAGAAAAAAACAUAAACUUGACAUAUGUUUAAUUUGUGAAAACAUGCAAAUGAUUUUGUAAACAACUUGAUCUAAACUUUUAAGUACUUAACGAUUUUUUUUCGAUGUUAAAACUUAAUCAAAUAAUACACACACACAUACACAUGAAUGACUGGUUUCUGUGACAAUACAUAAAUACGUUCGGACAGUGCGUUUCAUAGGUGUAAUAGCAAUGAAAUUUUUAAAUGGAAAUGCUCAGUUUUUAUUUAAUACAUCGAACUUACUCCCAAGUUUCUUUCUUUAAUAACUGCCUUUUCUGAAACCACUAAGUUUCCAUUAAGUUCGCCUUUAAAACGCAUAAAGUAUAUUUACUUGGCCUUACUCAACUGAAAUGCACCGUCUCUCCAGAAAAUGAAGAUGCUCCACAAGAUGUGUAUUCCACUUUUCAUUGACCCUCGUCAUAUUUGCCUUAUUAUAUAUAAUAUAACGAUACAAAUUUGUGUAUAUACAGAGCUAAAUGUGCGUCUUGUAAAUCAGCAUUGUGAGCGGAACCGGAAUCGAAAUUGGAACCUCCUCCCCUCUGAAAUUACCCCCUUCACCAAUCGGUUAUUUCAAAAAUAACCUCUACUCGCACUUUUUUAUAUUGAGAUUUCCUCACAAUGCUCGGGUUUUUUAGUUAGCUAAGCGAACUUUUCGGCGGGGAAGGGUAGUUGGGGGGCGGGUCAAGCGGUUAAUCAAUAUCGAGGGCAGUAAAAAAGAAACAACGAUUACAAUAGCAAUAACUAAUGGAUAAUCGUAUAUAAAUGUAGAUGGGAGAACUCUUGCAGAUCUAAUUGUACCACACACAUUCACGUCCACGUUUUUAAAGACAACACCCAAACACGACACGUUCACUUAAAUAAUGCAGCCACAGUACUUUUUUUUCGGGAAUCUUAACUGAAUGUAUAUUUAAUAAUUAAUUUAAUUAAUGAAAAAAAAAUCAAAAA